CGCCUCGUCUUCCUUCUAUUCUUCUCGUCUCUGUUCUUAGUCUGCUUUUCCUUAGUACACCCCUCCUCUCGCUGGUUUGCUCUCGCCUCGCCUUCGGCACGGACCAGAUCUUCCCCGCCGACUCUAUUCCGACGUCGGCAUUGCCGCCUAUCUCUGUGUGUCUCUGGAAUGCAGAAUAUGACAUUAAAUUUUCGCGCGAAAAAUCGACAGAGUGGCGGAGGAAUGGAGCGGUAUUCGAGGUGGUCGAGUGCUUGCUGUUUGCCGUGAAGUAGAAUGCAACGUGAUGAUUGAUUGUUGUAUUGCGAACGACGUCUCAGUCACUUGCAGUCGUAACGCCCGUGCGAUCCUGGAUUGGGAUGGCCAAGAUAAAGAGGAAGAGAUAGUGGUGGGAGACGGCGAACAGGAAAGAGGAGCACAAGGAUGAGAAGCCGCGGAAUGGGCAUUAGACCCCCCCCGUCCUCCCUCUUGAUCGCCCGGAAGGUAGUAUUCCGAUGAGAGCUAAAGUGGUUGUGCUUCGGUCAUUUUAUCAACUCUUGGACUGGUCAUUUUAUUUAUGUAUGUCACCGGCGGCGGUUCUAAUUUUCUAAAUUGCUUGCUUUCAGAGUCAUUCUGUCAGAGUUACGUGGCCACCUGUUGCUGAACUUACCGAAUGCCCUCACCAAUCAGUCAGUCUCGUGUAGCACUUCGAAUAUUGACUCGUUAUUUCCCUCCCCCCCCGCUCUUCAUGGCCGGCGAUGCUCCUCUUAAGAAUUGUCAGAUUUCACAAGAAGACUGAAGCUGGUGGAUACCCAUCAAGUUUCGGGAGCUCUGCUUGGGGCGGUGGAUGAUUAGAAGUUGCGGCGUGCCGAUCGCAACUCAGAGCUCCAUUUGCGUGAAAGGAGGCGGUGUAAGUGUCAUUGAGAUGGCGACAUGUCCGAAGUUGCGUUCGAAUUGUAUUGCGGCAUUAUUGGGUGAUGACGCUGUUUUCUUGAGAAAGCCACUGACCAAAUCAACGGGGGAAUGAAGCGCGUCGUGCUUUGAUGCAACGAGACGCGGGAACAGGUUGAGCGGAGUUGGAAUGAUGAGCGGCGGGAAAAAGGGGAGCAGGGGGGUUGAGGCCAGCGGCCUGCCUGCGAUUGUAAACAAUUACUUGACGCUCUUAGGGUGAUCGGUUAGGGCUGGAAGAGGAGUGAGAAAAGAGGACCCCUGUUUGUGAACGAAUCUGGGGGAGAUUCAUAUCGGAUUCAUGAAGGAAAUUCGAAGUUUAAGAAUGCGGCAGGUGCUCUCGAAGACGGAGGAGGGUAUAUAGUGGGUGGGGCCGCGGGGCUCAAUAACGAGUGAUUAUGGGCGGGAAAGGGGCACUACAGCUGCAACAGGAGAUCCAGCGGACGGGUGCAGUGGGUUGGCUUCUCAGGACCCCACCGAAUCUGAUAUCGGAUUCAUGAGGAAAUUCGAAGUGUAAGAAUGCGGCAAGUGCUGUCGAAGACGGAGGAGGGUACCUGGUGGGUGGGCCGGCUGGGCGCGACCGAUAACGAGCGUUUCUGGGCGGGAAAGUUCACAUGCAACAGAAGAUCCAGAAGAGGGAUGCAGGGAGUUGGUUCUUGCGUAUCUGCUUGCUGAGCCGGUGUGUGUUCUGGUGGUGAUCGCAUCGCCGCCUCGUUAGUCGUUCUCCGCAUACAUGUGGUGUACCUACCUUUGUUGGGGAGGGAUAGAGUGCGGUCAGCGAAGAGACUGGGUUGAUACAGCGGCUCAGGAUCGGUUCGUACGAAUCGGGCGGGCUUGCAGAGGGGAGAACGAGACAAGGGUGGAACCAUGUUCGGGUUGUCUUCAUCAUUGUUCGGGCGGUCCCAGACUGGGACCGGGACGACCGGUCAGAUGCCUUUCGCGAUUGGCGGGCAAGUUGGAGGUUUGAAUUUUCAGCAGCAGCAGCAGCAGCAGCAGCUGCAGCUGUUACAGCAGCAACAGGCGGCGGCUGCGGCUGCGGCUGCGGGGGGAACUCAUCAAAUCCAUCUCCUGGCGAAAGAUACAGACCACCAGAGAGGACAACCUGUUUCCUUCUCCAGUAAAUGGGAGGACAUUCACCCGGAUAGCCAACGCCUUUUGCUGCAGAUCGAAGAGCGUAUUUUGGAAUAUAGGGAUGAAAGUCGACGGCUGGAUCAGUGCCAGCGACUUCAUGAUAUAACUGCUUUACGGAGAGGAUUCGAGGACGAAGCUGCAGGCAUAAGGCAGAACCUGGCCAGCCUGGCAACGUCGUUGGGGGUGGAGCAGUCAUCUCUACAAGGUCUUUUCCAACGUGUGAAAGAACUCUUGCGAAACACGGAGGUUGCGGUCAGAUCGUUUAUCCUCUUAGGACAGAGAUUUCCUCGUUAUGUGGGGCACAGCGGACAAGGCAUUGCCGGUCUAUCGACAACAGGCAGUAGUGGUCUUGGCGCGAACAGCGUUGGAGGUGGUGGUCAUAUUGGUGUUGGUGGAACUUUGCUGACAUCAUCCGAUCUGUACUCUGGCAUCCCACUGCUACCUUCACCUUUCUUGCACCAAACUGUUGCAAGGCUGGAGCACACUCUUAAUCAGUACCAGCAGAGAGUGCAGGAGCUGGAGCGCCUGCUUCUUCCCCCUCGGCCUGCUGGGCGGUAUCCUGGAGGUGGUGCUGGGCCAAUGGAGGAUGGGAGUGCUCCUUCGGCUAUGGAUGCCAUCGGGGGUGGAGAUCCAUCAAUCCUCGAGACACUGCCAGCGAUUUUGUCGAACUUGCAUGACUUCUUCUUUCAUGUAGCAGCACGUGAAGAAGCCCUGCACAGUCUUGUUGAAGCUGCCAAACAAGCAUACCUUGCAGAACGGAGGAGGAGAGGAGAUGAUCGGGAUCCGUUUAUCGAGGCAGACAGAAGGGAGGAGUUGAAGAAGACAAAAGGAAGGAGUCAACACGGGCUCCAAAUUGGGCCCAUGACCACACCUCCUCCACAAGGUGUUGCUGUUCAGAGUGUCUUGCAAGGGACAAUGUCGAGCAUUGGGUCAGGGCUUACCAGUGCCGGUACAACUUCCUCCCUGUUUGGGAACACACUGGCAUCAUCCACGCAACCUGCUAGUACCCCAGCUGCCCCCCGCACAGGCACAACUUCAUUGUUUGGUGCGCCAUCAGUUUCAGGAACAGGUGGAGCAACUUCAUCAUCAUUGUUUGGAACACCUGUGGCCUCUUCCUCCUCUGCCGCAUCUGCUUCUGGUUCCUUGUUUGGGUCAAUGACAGCAGGUUUCUCUGGAGGAAGUCUCUUCGGCACAACAUCAGGAUCUCUCUUUGGGGGAGCUAAUGCAGCAGCUUCUACCGGGGGAUUAUUUGGGACGUCUAGUUUCGGUACUCCUGGCACCACUGGAACGAGUGGGGGAUCGUUGUUCGGGUUUGGCUCGACGCCUUCUGCGAUCAAGCCAAACUCAACUUCGGUCAGCAAUGACAGAGGAGGUGGGACAUCAGUCGCUAAGAGACGAAUGAGAAUCCGGAUAUUGGCUGAGCCGUGCGGGGUGAUGGACGUUAGAACGUGGGGAAACAAGGAAGAUGAUUCUGCGGAGGAGGUUCACAGUCACCGAUGGACACCUACAGGCCCGCAGAGUGUCACAAACAGAAAAACAGAUUGGACGACUCAGAGUUGGGAGGAAGCGGAGGAGGAGGAAAAAGAGGAGGAGAAGGAAAAUGAGCCAAAGGAUGAAGUGGAACGGGAGGAGCAGGAGGAGGAGCAGGAGGAGCAAGAUGAGAGGAGAGGAGAAGGAGAGGAGGAGGAAGAAGAGGAGAUGGAGGAGGAGGAGAGAGGUGAAGGUGGAGAAGCGGAAGGAGGAGGAGGAAGAGGAGGUGGAGGAGAACGAGGAAGCGGCGGAGUAGGAGGACGAAGUGCGAGAGGAACAAGAGGGGGAGGAGGAGCAGUAGGAACAGGAGGAGGGGAACGAGUGGAGGAGAAAGAAGAGAGGGAGAAGGAAGCAGAGAAGAUAGCGACGCUGAUGGGAGAAGAAGGAGAAGAGAAGAGAGGUCCCUUCACACUUGGAGCAUAUUUAUAAAAGGACUUUCCUAGAUGUCGCUGACCACAAUCACGAGCGAUACCGCAUGCACCUGACCAAGCAAUUACAUUAAAGGACUGGUCUAAGAAUGCAUGGUGCGAGGAGUAGGAGGAGGAGAAGCAGGAGAGAGGAGAAGGUGGAGAAGCAGGAGGAGUGAGAGGGGAGGAGGAGGAGCAAUAGGAGGAGGAAGAGGAGGUGGAGGAGUAGGAGGACAAAGUGGGAGCUCCUGCAGAUCACGCAGCAUACUUAUCGGUCUCUUCUUCACAAACACAAAUUAAAUAAUAAAGCGCGCAGAUCGGG